AUGAAAAUUAAGAUGCUGCGAAAUAUCAUCUUGAGAAGGUCAUUCGAGGCUAAAGAGCAUCGGCAGUUGACUGAUCGACAAGUGAAGAUGGAAUCUAUAAUUGAGACCAUCAACGCUGAUGAAGCCCUUGAUGAAGAGACGAAAAAACAACAGAUAGCUGAGGUAGAAGAAAUGUACAUGUCUUCUGCUGAUCGCUUGACUCUGGAGCGAUAUCGUCGCGCGCAAACGAUGCUUAACGCAGCGGAAACGGAAUGCGAGAGAGCUUUGUUUGCAUUCCGUCUAUAUCUGGAUUACUCACUUAGGAGAUGUUAA